AUGGGUCCAGGGACGCUCCUCGCGGCUUCGUGGAAACUGGACAGAGUGAAAUUGAACAGAGUGAAACAGAAGGAAAUUGGACAGAGUAUGGAAGCUGGAUGGAGGGAAACUCGACAGAUUUUCGCAGUGAAGAAAAUCUGUCGAGUUUCUGUCCAGUUUCGCUCUGUCCAAUUUCCUUCUGUUUCACUCUGUCCAAUUUCACUCUGCCGAGUUUCCGUGAAGCCCUGCGGCGGAUUGCCUCAACAUAUACCCGGUGGUGUUGCAUUGACCCGAACGUCCGUCCGGAGCGCUCCUUUCUUUUCAACCGCAGUGGCGGCUCUGUUCCUGCCGCAAAAAACGUACCGUCUUACAUCUGGGAAGGAAUCAAAAUGCCGCGAAAUACCUCUUUUUUUAUAG